AUGAGCUGGCAGGACUUGAAGGACUACUUGAGGGAUAACAACUGUGUACCACAGUACACCGAGAUCCUUAGACGCGGAGAGGGGAGAGCUGCUUUUGCCUCAGUAGAAGAUUGUGAGAAUGCCUUAAUGAUCUUGAAGGAGAUUGGACCCACACAAGGCAUCUACGCUGAGCUGGACGACCCAGGGAUGGAUGCUCAGGCCGCUGUCCCUCGGGGAAGGACAGAUCUGCCCCACCGAUAUCCUUCGUCACGCAAUGAUGGGUAUGGAUAUGCUCAUGGAAGUGGCCAAGACGCCCAGGCCUAUGACAGCAGGUAUGGCCCUCCUGACGAUGGGUAUCAUAGGUACCAGGGACACCGGUCAUAUCGAGAUGUGCCGACGUACUCGGCCAAUGGAGCUUCAUAUAGACCACAGUAUGCCCGUUACACCUCACACAUGCCCCCUCCACCAGACUAUAGGGAACGGAGGAAGAGUGACAAUUUGGGCCAGGCUGGGGACAGAAGGGAGCGCCCGUAUUACUACAGGGACGACAGCUAUGGGGGGCAUGAGAGUAGGACAGGGGGCCCACGCAGGCACACCUCAAGGUACGAGGAAGAUGGCAUCCGUGAAUAUGGUGUUGGGGCACGCCGUGAAUAUGGGAGCAGCCGGAGGCACAGCGAUGAGCUGUCUCGUGCAGCUGGCGGGCCAGACAGGCGUGGAAGGCCGAUACAACGGCAAGCACCAUACUGA